AUGAGGAUGGUCAUGAGUACCAAUGAGAGCAACUUAACAGGCUUCAUUCUGUUGGGGUUUUCUGAUCAUCCUCAGUUACAGAAGGUUCUAUUUGUGGUCAUAUUGAUCCUGUAUGUACUAGCUAUUUUUGGGAACACCACCAUCAUUCUGGUAUCUCGUCUGGAACCCAAGCUUCACACACCAAUGUAUUUCUUUCUUUCUCAUCUCUCCCUUCUGGACCUUUGCUUCACCAGCAGUGUUAUUCCCCAGCUCCUGGUAAACUUGUGGGAUCCCAUGAAAACCAUCACCUAUGGUGGCUGUGUGGUUCAGCUCUAUGUCUCCCUUGCCCUGGGAUCCACUGAGUGUGUUCUCCUGGCUGUGAUGUCCUAUGAUCGCUAUGUGGCUGUCUGCCGUCCCCUCCAUUACACUGUCUUAAUGCAUCCCCGUCUCUGCGUAACCCUGACAUCUAUGGCAUGGCUCAGUGGUGUGGCCACCACCCUGGUACAGUCCACCCUCACCCUGCAACUGCCCUUCUGUGGGCAUCACCAAGUGGACCAUUUCAUCUGUGAGGUCCCUGUGCUCAUGAAAUUGGCUUGUGUGGAUACCACUUUCAAUGAGGCUGAGCUGUUUGUGGCUAGUAUCCUCUUCCUUAUAGUGCCUGUCUCAUUCAUCCUGGUCUCCUAUGGCUACAUUGCCCAAGCAGUGUUGAGGAUCAAGUCAGCUACUGGGAGACAGAAGGCAUUUGGGACCUGCUCUUCCCACCUGAUAGUUGUCAUCAUCUUUUAUGGAACCAUCAUCUUCAUGUAUCUGCAGCCAGCCAAGAGUAGGUUCAAGGACCAGGGGAAGUUUGUUUCCCUCUUCUAUACUGUGGUGACUCCCAUGCUUAAUCCUCUUAUUUAUACUCUGAGGAAUAAAGAUGUUAAAGGGGCACUAAAGAAAAUGCUAGAGAAAAUUCUGGAUACAAAUUUUACAUGA